ACUAGUUAAAGUACAAUUUUCAUGUAUUAUUGCAUACUUUAACUAACAUUCGUAGGUAAUUCAUGAACUACAAAGUUAUUUCAUAAAAUAACGGAAUUCAACACUUUAGCUGUAACAUAUAUAUUUGGUAUAUACAUUAUGCACAAUGCACUAUUGGCAUAGGUAUAAUGCACAGGGGCAGAUAUGUAUACUUAAAAAAAUGUAUGUAAAUACGUCUUCGUAAUGAUUUCAGGUUUAAAUUAUGUUAUCCUUUCUACAUUUCCAAUUAUAUCGGUCUAAAUUAUUUUAUAUCGUAACUGAAUCAUCCUUUAAUUCUUGCAGGUUACCACUAAUAUAUAAGAGAUUGAAUAGGUGGUAAAAAAGAGUGUCGCGCAGCUAAAUAAUAGUUUUUCGAAUAUAUAUCACGUCAUAUUAUCUCUGUCACCAAUGGAGUAUAUUGUACAAGCACUGAUCAAUAUUAUACUGUUAUAUUGCAGCAAUAUUAUUAUUGUUGUAUUGUAUAAAAGAUACAAAACUCAUUGCGCAAUGUUUUGUUUAUACAAUUCGCGAUAAUUCGCAGAAACAAUAUAUCUAAUAUUUUAAUAUUAUAAUAAUAUUUAUAAUAUUAUUAUUAGAAAAUAGCGUCGAAAAGGCGCGAGCAGUUUUUUUCUCCGUCGGGGGCCGAUAAUUCGGUAAUUUUUCGCCAAAAGACAAAACAAGAAGCGGAGGACGAAUAAAAAACUUAUAGACACAGCACCGAUUAUAGUCGUCACGCUCUACAUCGUUUAUUUCUUCUACAGUAGUAGUGCAGUGACGACUUUGGGUCGUCAAGUGAUCGUGGUAAUUCAUAGCAGGAGAUCAUCUAUGAACAGGUAAGAACGACGAUCGCGAUGAUGCCGCGCACCGUCCGCGCGUCUCGUCCGGUUCUUUACGCGAUGAUGGCGGUCUGGUCGGCCGCGUUGCUGGUGGUCGAGGGGGCGGCGGAACUUGCGGAAAAUGUCACUUCCGGACUCGAUGAAAACGCCACUUCCGAACUCGGGGAAAACGCCACUACCGCAGCCGUCUGGAUGGGUCCAUCGGCGGCAGCGGUGGAAGGCAACCCUCACAGGGAUCCCAGACAAGCGGAACCACGUGAUCAAAGGUGCGCUCUACCGUCUUUCAUCGGCACGAGCAGCGGUGAAGCAGCAGAUACCGUGCUGGAGUCGACCAGGACCGUUGAUCGGUACCUAGUGAAACCCGCGGCGUAUUACGAAAACCGUGUGAUGUACCGAGAGAAACCGGCGGUGGCGAACGUGCUGAUACGCCGGCGGAGGCCCGUCCCUGUGCAGAGGAUAGGCCUGUUGCCGUAUUACGUUCAACGCAUGGACUUUGUAGACCGCGGACGUCGGCCGCUUGACGGCGAGGCUGCGGUGUCGAUGACGGCUGACGAUGUACGCCGAUUGCUCCAACGCGUGUAUUCCGAAGGUGUGAUCGCGGGUGGCGAGGGGGCUGCAGCGGGAUCGAACUUCGAUUCAAAGGUUUUGCCGCUCAAAGGUAGUAUGGGUACCUACCUACACAUUAUAUAGUUCGUCAUCGCCGACAACAGUUUUUAUGAUUUGUAAUUUAUAUCAUAGUCGGUAUUUGGUAGUUAUUAAACAAGAAAUACUAAAAAAUCACUUUUUAAUUGCUGCUUUUAAUUUUACAAUUUGCUUAUAUUUUUCUCAAUCUACGUAUAUAAAUUAUCUUAGAUAAGUGAUCGGAAUCGGACCGACUAUAGUAAAUCUUACUUGAUAAAAUAUUUAAGUACCUAGCUUGAACAUUCGAGUUUAAACAAUAAGAGUAUUUUCAAUAAAAAAAGAGCCACGUUGGACAAUUUUCAAACAUUAUUUUUUAAGCUGGGUUUUAGAGGAAUAUAAAUAUUAUGAUAGUGUCUUCCGAACGAAUUCGAAGGUAUUUUAGAGCAACCCUUAAAGGAUAACAAAUUAUAUCACAAAAAUAAUAAUAGGAAAGACCAAUAAUAUGUGCAGUUUGAAUACUCACCCUUGUAAAUUGAAUCAUUCAAUCAAAUAAAUUUCAAUAAUAAUUUGUUAUGUAUAUACUUUAGUUAAUAAUUGGACAAACAAAUUAAAUGUAAAAUACUCCAUUAAUAAUAAACCAAUACCUAAACGUCCUAAACCUAUUUGCAAUUUGCAUAUAACUGUACAUAAUCUAAUAUAUUAUGUGAUUUCAUAAUGCCAUAAUAUUAAGUAUUAAACAUAAAUU